GAAUCAGAUACAAAUGUGCAGAAAUUCCCAAAGACGAUGAACAUAUGCACGACAUUCGAAAGUGGUGAACUCACCACACACCUAACACAUGGAAAACACACCAAAGUAUUUUGAUAAGAAAAAACAGCAAACAAAGAAACCAAACAACGCUAACAAAAGUCUUUGCUCACAAAAUUUGAUUGCAGCUCAUACUAAAAAUAAAUAAAAAGAGCGAAAAAUAACAAAACCAUUUGCUUAAUUAUAUUCACACUGAUAUUUUCAUAAAUAAUAUAUAUUGAAAUCAGUUUGUGCGUGUAUAUAUUUUACACGUACUCGUUUUGGUGUGUAUUUAGAUACAUUUUUUAUAGCCGGCAAACGACAUACGGUAAAUCGUGUAGAAAAAUGUUGGCCCGCUCGUCGCUGUUUCUGAGUCUAGUGCUCAUAACGCUUACGGCACUGGCAGCGAUAGCAACAGUUAGUGGUUCGAUGGAGUUCUGUACGAAAGAAGAUAAAGAGCAUUGCAGCUUAGAACCUCACAGCGAUCGCGCUCGUUAUGAUUUUUAUCGCAUUUACAAUGUUGAGAUCAGCACUGACGAACAGAUCGAUAUAUUUCAAAAACUGGAAAAUCAAUGUGAUAGCCUAACGUUCAUUGGACAUGCUCGCGAAAUUGGCCAAAAGUUAUCCAUACUAGUAGCGGCGCAUAAGGUAGCUGACUUCGCCGAUUUAUUGAAGACAUAUGGCGUCGCCCACAGAGUUUUGACCUAUAACUUUCAAGAAAAAAUUGAUAAAAAUAUGCGUGAAGUCCUUCCUAUCGAUACGGAACCAUCCAAAUUUGGUUGGAGACAUUAUUAUCAUUUGGAAACAAUUUACGGUUGGAUGGAACAAAUGGUCGAAAAAUAUCCAAAUGAUUUGACAUUACUCAAUAUGGGUAAAAGUACACAGGAUGUACCUAUAAAAGGGCUGAAGUUAUCGCGCAACGCAAAUAACAAAGCUAUUUUUAUUGAAAGCGGUAUACAUGCACGUGAAUGGAUCGCGCCAGCUACUGCUACCUACAUCAUUAACGAGUUGUUAACAUCAACAGAUCUGAGUAUACGAAAACUGGCUAAUAACUACAAUUGGAUUGUGUUUCCUAGUGUUAAUCCUGAUGGUUACAAAUACACAUUCGAACAUGAUCGCAUGUGGCGAAAAAAUCGUCAACUGUUUGGUACAUGCCGUGGGGUCGACCUUAACCGCAACUACCCGGAUCAAUGGAAUUCCACUGGUUGCAGCAGUGAUCCAUGUCGUUAUGAUUUUUCUGGAAAUUCAGCUGCUAGUGAAGUUGAAACUAAACGAGUUAUCGAUUAUGUGCAAGCGAAUGUAAAUAAGGAACAAAUCAAAACUUAUAUUGCUUUACAUUCCUACUCCCAAAUGAUUAUGUUUCCGUAUGGCUAUACAAAAGAACGAGUAUCUAACUAUGAUGACUUGCAAGAAUUUGGUGAUAAAGCCGUUGCACGUAUUAAAGAAAUAAGUGGGCGUAUUUAUACAAGCGGUAGUCUGAUUGAAACUAUUUAUCCUUCAAGUGGUGAUAGCAUGGACUGGGCAUACACUGAAGCUGGUAUACCGAUUGCUUAUACUUUUGAAUUACGUGGACCACCUGACAGCGAAGAUUUAUUUAUAUUACCUGCUGAAGAAAUAAUGCCAACAGCUCAAGAAGCAUUCGCCGCUAUACAAACUAUCAUUGAAUCAGCGACAGCAAAAGGAUAUUUUAAUUAAAUUAAAACAUAUAUUAUAAAUAAUCGAUUGGUGAUAGAAAAUUAUUUUUAUAUGAAUCUUUAUACAUAUAUAUAUAUAUAUUUAUAUAUGAACAUAAAUAGAUGCAUGCUUUAAAAUAAUUUUAAACCAUAAGUGCUAAACUCAUUCGAUAAUACAAAGCUAUUAUCUCUCAGAUAAUACACUAGAAGGUAUAGAAAACUAGUUUAAGUAAAAUGAUAAAAUAUGUACAUGUAAACAUAUAGUGCAUAUUAUUAAUACAUUUAUAUGUAAAAAAAUUUAAUAAAAAUAUUUAUAUAUGUCU